AUGCUAGCAGCAGCGACGUCGUUUUUCUCUAGGACGGCGAUUUCGCAGUCCUAUAACAUCGGGGCGGGCAAUGCAAGCAGGUCUUCGACACCGACGCCCUCUGGGUCGUCAUCUUCUGUGUCACACACCUCGACGGCACGAAUCGGCUUGUGGAAGGUGCAGGGCGCGGUGCACAAGGUCACAAAUAAACGUGUAUCUGUCUGGUCAUUCGAUAAGCGAGUUGAGAUGGAAGGUUUGGGUCCCCUGUCAAGGGAUCGCGUUCUGGAAGUUUUGAAGGCAGAGGCUACUGCGCUAAGCAGACUUCGUCACCCUUCCAUCCUCGGUACGGUGGAUUUCUGUUCUAGGGAAGACGAUAUACACUUACAACUUUCGCUUUCGAAGAGAUGGUCGAGCCUCUGGAGGAGACGAGGAACGAACUCAUUUUCGCGACUGAGCCUGUCCUUUCAUCGCUUGAGAUGUCGAUACCACAGAAAUCCAGUCAUACGCCGAUCCGUGGAACUUGAUGAAAUCGAGAAGGGAAUUCUCCAACUAUGCAAAGGCCUUUCAUUUCUCCACUCGUCAGCACGAUUGAUACACACAAACCUGAAACCAGAGUGCAUCAUCAUUAAUGACGCUGGUGAUUGGAAGAUCUCUGGACUUGGCCUGACCAUUCCACUGACCAACGCUGACGGGACACCUACGCGCUGGGAGUUCCCGGGAUCGGAUGCACGCGUCCCGUCAUACGUUCAACGUUCCUUUGACUACAUCGCACCCGAAUACGCUUUGGAUGAGACCCUUGUCACUGCAUCAGACAUAUACUCGCUUGGUGCCCUGGUAUAUGCAGUUCAUUGUAAGGGCAAACCGCCUUUUCUCAACUAUGGGAGUCUUGGUAGCCUUCGCGACAAUGUUGGCCGGCCAGUACCAGAUAUUGGUCAGCUGGACACAGAUUUGCAAGAUCUUCUAAGGUCUCUUCUAACACGAUCGCCUUCAAAUAGACCCACUUCGUCGACUUUGCCUUCACACCCUUUCUUCUCGUCUCUGCCCAUAUCUACCCUCAAUUUCCUCGAUCGUUCAAAUUUUACGACAAAAACACGAGAAGAGAAAAUAUCAUUUAUGAAGGGCUUGACUGGCGUCCUGAACAAGUUCUCUGAGGGGUUGAAAGUGAGGAAGAUACUGCCGUCACUCCUAGAAGAGAUGAAAGAUACACACCUCCUUCCCUAUAUCCUUCCGAAUGUUUUUGCCAUCUCAACUAUUUUGUCUGCUGUGCAAUUUGCCCAACUCGUUUUGCCAAGUCUCAAACCCUUGUUCACUGUCAAAGAUCCGCCGCAGAACAUGCUAACUCUUCUUGAUAACCUCGACAUGUUGCAAAGUAAGACCGAAAAGGUCGUUUUCCGGGAGCGUGAGUGCGAGCAAGGCAACAAUGACUUCUAUCAUUCACUAAAUGCCAACCAGAGGUCCUCCCCCUUGUAUACAAUGCUCUGGAAGUCCGAACAUGCUAUCGAGUCGUGCCCAAUUUAUGCGAAACCUAUUGAUUAUGCUGAGGUUUCUGGCGUCCUGUUUCCUCGUGUCGCCUUAGUGUUCACCAAAACUAGACUACUGUCAGUGAAGGUAGCCACGUUAGCGACCUUCCUGAGUAUGGUGAAAGUUCUGGAUCAGAUAAAUCUCACCCAAAAGCUAUGUCCAUUGUUGUCGAAGAUUCGCACAAAGGAACCAGCUGUCAUUAUGGCCACUUUAUCUGUUCAGGAAGCAAUGGGCUUUAAGAUUGAACGGGAAGCGGUGGCAACCCUUGUCCUUCCUCAGUUGUGGGCGAUGUCCAUGGGUCCUCUACUCAACAUCGAACAAUUCCAGCGGUUUAUGUCCGUUAUCCGCAAGCUCGGCGACCGAGUUGAAAAAGAGCACGACCAGUUCCUCCGCGACUCUCAACGCAUAGAGGACCGAUCAGCACUUGCUAAUGGAGUCAAUCUGCCUAACCUCAACUCUGGCGUUGACUUUGAGAGUUUGGUUGGACGUGCCAAUGCUACUACUAGAGCUGAGGUUUUCGAUGACCACCGUAAGAGCUGGGACGACGAUGUGUGGGGGCCGAUACUUAAUGGUGGACAUGAGGUAUCAACUCCCGGAAUAUCUGCUGCCAUACCAACUCCACAGGUCUCUAGCUCACAAGCCUCGGCCCCGGCACUGCCUGCACAUCCACAGGUACAGUCUUUACCCUCGUCUCCCAGGGUUUCAGCGGCCGCUCCACUACCUCGACCAUCUCGUCUGGGAGCGAAACCUGUUCCUGCCACCUCCAUCGAGAAGCCAGCGUUCUCUACGAGUUCCCCGUUGGGCACUAUUUCUUCGAUUGGCCGACCGAUGAGGGUUUCCAGUCCGCCAUCCAAUCCUCAGCAUGGUACUAGUUUCUCCAACUCAUCAUCAGCGAUGUCCAAGCCGAAUUACAACAUAUCCUUUUCCGAUGUCAUGUUGCCCGCCUCGAGUACCCCCUCAGCCUCCCCACCCAUUAACCCAGCACCCAAUUAUAAUUCAUUCAUGUUGACCAAUUCUCCUUCUGUUACGACGCCACCUUCAAUGGGUUCUAUGCUAAUGCCUAUGCAGCCGACUAAGUUAGUCGCACCGAGUAAACCGGUGACCAAGGAUGACUGGGGUGACUUCGACCCCCUGAAAUAG